CGAUUUUGUAUCCUUUUUUGGCGAAUCUGAUGGUGUGUGGUCAAGAUGCUUCGUGCAGCGUCGUUUAUAAGGACGUAUACAGGCCAGGAGACCGUGGACACUCGACUUAUUAUGCUGGCCGAGACAUCAUGUCCCACCCGCCGCGUCCUACGCUCGGCAAGCCCGGCGACAACGAGUACGUCCACAUACGAAGUCUCGUCGCAAAUAUACACACGCCGAAGAAUGUGUGCAGGCCGCCCGUGGGUCCAGUUAUAUCGGUGGAAGGAGGACCGAAGCUGGCUGUGCUCGAGGAAUCGCCGGCGACGUCGGAAUCGGAUCGGAGUCGGUCCGGGUCUGAGAAGUCCGACGUGUUGGGAGAUACUGUGGUGGAAGAGGUGACGCCGCAGCGCGCGAAGAGCAACAGUAUAGCGGGGGCGUCGUCACUGAUGCCGCCGGAGCCGAAGCGACGGCGGGCGUCGUUCCUGCAUCUGCACAUCGGCGGGCACGAGCUCCACUCGGGGCCGCUGUCGGCAGGCGCGCAUCUCAGCGUGCCGCGGCUGUCGGUGACGGCGCCGCCGGGCGAGAACCGCCGCAUCAGCCAUGGCUUCUCGGCAUUCCACGGUUUCGCUCUUCGUCGACAUUCUAACACGAGCCUCCACCGCAGCGAGUCCAUGUUGUCUGUGGCGUGCUUCAAGACUCUGCAACAGCUGGUCAACAGUGAGUCGCCCGGCGAGCUCCAGCAGUACCUCGCCAACAACACCAAUGUCAACGUCGACGAUAGAGAUGAGAAUGGCACAACAGUGCUCAUGUGCGCGUCCGAACAUGGUCGCGCGGCUGCGGUGCGACUGCUGCUCGACUGCGGUGCGGACGCGUGCGCGGCCGACGCGGACGGCUGGACGCCGCUCGCGUUCGCGGCCCGCGGCGGGCACGUCACGGUGGUUCGAGAGCUGCUAGAUGCUGGUGCUAAAGUUGACUCGAGGGACUGUGGUGGAUGGACGCCUCUAAUGUGGGCCUCUUACAAGGGGCACGAAGAAAUCGUCGCGCUACUACUGGAGAAAGGAGCUGAUGUACACGCUCACGGAAACUAUAAUAUAAAUUCGCUGGUAUGGGCGGCGGGGCGGCGCCACAGCGGCGUGGUCCAGCGGCUGCUGGCGGCCGGCGCGCGCGCCAACUCCGGCGACAAGUACGCCACGUCGGCGCUCACGUGGGCGGCGCGCGCCGGCGACGCCGUGUCGUGCGCCGCGCUGCUGCGCGCCGGCGCCGACCCCAACACCGCCGGCAUGUACUGCUGGACGCCGCUGCUGCAGGCCACCCACGGGAACCACUUGGAGAUCGUCCAGAUGUUGUUAGAACAUAAGCCGAAUGUGAACGCGUUAGACAAGGACGGCUAUACCGCGCUCGCGAUCGCCUGCAAAGAGGGAUAUUAUGACAUAGCGGUGGCACUCAUUAACUCGGGGGCUUAUAUCAAUGUGCAGGACCACUCAAAAGAUACCCCCCUCAUUCAUGCCGUCAAAGGUGGCCACAAGAACAUCGUAGAAGCUUUGCUCAAAAAACAUGUAGAUGUGGACCUGUCGGGCAAGGAGAAAAAGACCCCAGUGUAUACUGCAGUGGAAAAAGGGCACGUUGCUAUCUUGAAGCUGUUGCUGGCGUCCAAUCCCGACUUAGAACAUUGUACCAGUAGCGGUGAUACGCCCCUGCUUCGCGCGGUACGGUCACGCAACGCAGAAAUGGUACAGCUGCUACUGGAGCGCAAGGUGCGCGUCAACGUGGCCGACAACCGCGGCGACACCGCGCUGCACAUCGCCAUGCGGGCGCGCUCCAAGCAAAUAGUCGAAAUACUCCUCCGGAAUCCAAAGAACAGUCAAUUACUAUACAAACCAAACAAACUAAACGAGACGCCGUACAACAUAGAUAUGUCCUACAACAAGACAAUACUCGGCCAAAUAUUUGGCGCGCGAAAGCUCAAUACUAAUGAAGACAAUGAAAAUAUGCUGGGAUAUGAAUUGUAUAGUGCGGCCUUAGCCGAUAUGUUGUCGGAGCCUAGUUUGUCAGUGCCCAUUACGGUGGGUCUAUAUGCGAGGUGGGGUUCUGGAAAAUCGUUUUUGCUUAGUAAAUUAAAAGAGGAGAUGAAAAACUUCGCCCGGCAAUGGAGCGAGUCCGGCUGGGCGUGGUCGUGGGCGGUGUCGUGGGGCGCGUGGCACGUGGCGCUCGGCGUGGGCGCCGGCGCGGCCGUGGCCGGCGCGCCCGCCUACGUCGCGGUGGCGGUGUGCUUCGGCCUCUUCGCCGCUAUAUACCUGGCGCUCUACAUGUUCUGGAGCCUUGGGAACAAAUACGAGUGGUGGUGGGCGGGCGGCGUGCUGUCGGCGCUAGGGCGGCGGUUCAGCGCCCUGCUGCUGGUGCUGCAGGUGGUGUUCUGCCACCCGCCCGGGCCCAACGACCCGAGGGCUCUGCCCGCCACGCCCAUAAGAUUUCACUUCACAGAGGGCAUGAAGAGCGGCAGCCAAGAGGGCGAGGCGAUGGUGGUGCAAAUGAUCGCGAGUUUGGCCGAAGCCCUCGAGUGUCAGUACGGACGCAUUUGUACCAGGCUCGCGCGCGCUUUUAGGCCAAAACCUGUAUCUUCUACGUCGGGAUGGAAAUGGCGUCGAGUGUGCUGCAUCCCUCACAUCGUGACGUUCGAGAUCUGCUUCACUUGCAUCCUCGUGGGGUUAUGUGUUCUAGUGAUGUACUUUACCGAUGCCAACUACGAUGCACAGCGGCGUGAAAUCCAACAGGGGCUGAUGUUCGGUGCGUGCGCCGUGGCCGGCGCCGUGCUGCUGGCCAACCUGUACACGUGGGGCCGCGUGCUGCUGGCGCUGCUGCUCCCCCCGCGGGCCCGCCUCGCGCGCGCGCUGCGCCGCGACGCGCCCACGCUGGCGCUGCGGCCGGAGGUGCAGACUCUCACGCACACGGUAUCAUGCCUCGACGCAUUCACGGGCCAGCAAACACGCCUUGUCGUCGUCGUAGACGCCCUGGACAGUUGCGAACAGGAGAAAGUCCUGGCCCUGCUCAACGCGGUGUACGCCCUCUGUUCCGAUCCGAAGAGCCCCUUCAUACUGCUGCUAGCCAUUGAUCCGCAUAUCAUUAGCAAGGCAGUGGAAGUGAACAGCCGUCGCGCAUUCUCCGAAAGCAACAUCGGCGGAUGGGAUUACCUCCGCAACAUGGUGCAGUUGCCGUUCUACCUUCAAAACUCAGCACUGCGCCGCGUCAAAACCGCGCAACAAACUGCUGCCAAGCGCAUGCAAACCAUCGCGACCGACGACUUCUCCGCGAGCAUGCAGCGAUCUGUAUCAGCCCGCCGUCUGUCCUCGACAUCAGAACUAAUGUCCAGCCAGGAGCGCAUCAAGAACCAGCCGGCCAAGGAGCUGAGCGCGGCCGCCGCGGCGCGCGCCCGCCGCCUCCGGCCCUCCGAGUCCGUGGCCUCCUCGGUGGCUUCGGGCCUGCACCGAGCGGCGCCCACCGCCACCGCUGCAGAUCUUGGGAGAGUGUUGCUUACGGAUGACUACUUCAGCGAUGUCAAUCCGAGGAGUAUGCGGCGGCUAAUGAACGUGCUGUAUGUUACUGGACGUCUAAUGAAAGCAUUCCAAAUCGAGUUCAACUGGUACCAGCUAGCCUCCUGGGUUAACCUGACGGAACAGUGGCCUUUCCGGACCUCGUGGAUCAUCUACCACCACGAGACGUACGAGGAGCACAUCGACGAUAGCAAGUCGCUCAAGCACAUUUACGAGAAAGUGAAACCACACUUAAACGGUCUUCGCGAAUCCAGCUCAUUAAUGGAACUGGACCGCGACGAGCGCAAGCUGGAGGUGUUCCUCAGCUUUCACCGCUCCACGCUCACCGCUGCUGACCUGAAGAUCUUCCUGCCAUUCACCAUCAACCUGGACCCGUACAUCAAGAAGGUCAUCAAAGAGGAGCAGCUACAGUCGGGCAUGGAGGAUGAAUUGAACGGUGCUAUUUGGACGCCACACACACGGCAACCACACAACAAGCUCUUUCACAGAAAACAUCGCAUAUCCCCGCCAAGCCAGGCCGCAGCGUCGCACUCGCCUAUGUGCGUGGGCUGGGUGAACACGGGCAACGGCUUCAUGGCGCAGCCCAUGCCGCACUACGCGCCGCCCGCCGUCGGCGCGGGCGCGCCUAACCCCUACACUAUGCUGAGGAACGCUUUUCCGGCCUUGGUGGACAUAUCGAACAUCCGCCUGUCGACGUUGUCGGUGGAGCGCGUGUGCGGCGUGGUGGGCGCGGCGCUGGGCGCGGGCGCGGGGGCGGCGGCGUGCUGCGCGGCGCUGCAGCGGCACCGCGUGUGCGGGCUGGCGCUGCGCCACUGCCAGCUCGACGACCUCAAGCCGCUCAUGGACCUACCGUUUGGAGACUGGGAGUUAUUCAAAAUGCUUAUCACCAACCUACGUGAGUUGGAAGCCAAUAUGCCGUGCAGUGCCCCUGCUGUCACAGUUAUAGCAGAAAAGAAUACGGAGAGUGAACCAGACACGGUGAAACCCAGACCCAUCGAACACCAGCGCAGCCGUCCAUCCAAUGUGGAAAAACAGCCAUACGCGGAAUAUCAGGUGACGCUGGAAGAGCAGAUGAUCUGCGGCGCGCUCCAAACGCUAAACGAGGAGGCCAUGGAGGACGUCCUCCAGUCCGAGCCCCCCUCCCACCCAGACGAGGAGGCGUCGCUGCAGCUGGGCGCGGGCGGGCGGCUGCGGGCCAGCGGCGCGUCGUGGAGCGGCUCCGCGCCCGCCUCGCCCGGCGCCACGCCGCUCGCCGCGCGCCGCGCCGCCUCCUCGCUCCGCGCCCGCGACCGCGACCGCCGCGCGCCGCCCAACGUCACCUUCAACGUCGAGCACGAGGACGACGACGACGGCCGCCCCAUCACCUUCAGCGCGCGCCCGCUCUCCCUCCUCGGCGCCCCGGACCCCGGCGACGAGCCCGUCCAGGACCCGAAGCUCGGCAACCUCCGCAAGACCGCCGACAUUCUCAGGAAGGUGAGCUCGGCGGAGAAGCUGACGCGGUUGAAGGACAAGAUCCUGUCGCGCGACCGGAGUCCGGCGCGCGAGGAGACCGGCAGCGACGACGAGUCGGCGCCGCUCGUCGCGUCCGAGCCGACCACGGCCGCCGGCUCGCCGCCCCCGGCGGCCGCGCCGGGCCCCUCCGCGUCGAUGUGCGGCGACCGCAGCCUGCCCGACGUGUCGGCCAGCACGGACUUCUCGCCGCGGUCCGACGUGACGGAGCUGGAGUCGCCGCGCGAGGGCGCCACCGCGUUCGACCUGCUGCCGGAGGGCAAGGGCGACGCGGAGCUGGGCGCGCCGGCGGCGCGGCUGGUGCGCGCGGACAGCGGCGAGGUGUCCAACAUGGUGGAGCCGUACAACCUGCGCCUGCUGGCGCGCGGCGCCUCGGACGCGCGGGCGCUGUGGCGCCAGGACGCGCUGGACGCGGGCCCGCCCUGGCCGUGGGACGAGCCCGACUCGGCCGUGUGACUCCGGCGGCGAGCCCCGAGUGCGCCCCUGACUCCGUCCGAGAGACCGACGACCGCCUCGGAGACGAGGCUCAACACUCCGCCUCACCGGUGGUAUGCUCGAGCGCCGCGCUACGUGACGCCGACUUUAUUCCAUUAGU